CUAGUAACAAGUGCAUCGCUUGUCUCACCCAUACGUCCUAGACAGUCCCACGUUCCAGCUGACUUGCUCCCGGGAGCUUCCCCAUGCGCCGAGUGAAGCGCCAUGGCCAAGAAGCAGGUGGCAGGAUACAUCUUGGAAAAGCGAAUUGGCAAAGGCUCCUACGCAACAGUGUGGAAAGGACGGGACGACAAACAUGAACUUUAUGCAAUUAAAGUGAUCAGCCGCCAGACGGUGACCGAAACCGCACAGUUGAGGCAAGAAGUAGAGGUCUUACGCAAAAUCUCUCAUCCAAAUAUUGUGCGCUUUCGCGACCUCAAGAAGAGCACAGCGCACUUUUACUUGGUUUUGGAGUACUGUGCCGGUGGCGACCUCUCGCAGUUUCUUCGUGCGAAAGGCCGGGUGCACGAAGAGACGGCUCGGCGCUUCUUGAAGCAGAUUGCCAGCGGAUUGUUUGUGCUGCACAGUUCCAACCACUUACAUCGUGACCUGAAGCCGCAGAACAUCCUCCUCAGCGACAAUUCCAUCGACCCGGUGCUCAAGCUAGCAGACUUCGGCUUUGCAAGAGCCCUGCAGCCACAAGACAUGGCAGCCACCGUGUGUGGCUCACCGCUCUAUAUGGCUCCAGAGAUUCUAAGACACGAGCCCUACGAUGCAAAAGCAGACCUGUGGUCGGUUGGGGCGAUUCUGUACGAGCUCUUGCUCGGAAGGACACCCUUCUCCGGGACAAACCCUUUGCAACUCUUGGCGAACAUUGAGAAGAGCACGGCCUUGUCUUUUGAAGGUGUACAGUUGUCAACACAGGGUCAGCAGUUCUUGCGAGCUCUUUUGGUACACAGCCCCUCUCAGCGUCUCUCUAGCCAGGAAUUCAUGCAGCACCCUUAUGUGAGCCUUGAAACGGCGGCAGAUGCAAGUCAACCAGCUGUGGCCGAGACUGUACAGGAGGCCGCGGAUGGUAGCUUCAUCAUGACAGACUGGAUUGACAAGGCAUUGCCCCAGUCACGUGGUGCAUCUCCUGCAUAUUGCUCACCGGAGGAGAGUCCGCGAGAUAUCACUGAAGAGGCACAAGGUACAGGCUUCGUGACUGCAAGCAGCAGUGCCGGCAGUGGAUAUCGAGGCGAAGCUGGAGAGACGGUGAAGAAGGUGGAGGAGCUGACGGCUUCAGAGGUGGGCAUUGCCAAAGAUGUUCCCGCCAUCCCUGGCAAUGUGUCUCCGUUCAUGGCUGAGGUCAUCAACGGUGCACGGCGGGACACCCACAAGGCGUGCGCCGCUGCCAGUGAGGAACUCCCAAGGCGGAAUGGUAACAUGGACGAAGACUAUGUGGUCUUGGCCAGCAACACGCCCACCUCCUUCGCGCGGGGAAAGGGCCCAACCCCUGCAUUGGCAGCCAGUAGCUUUUGCAGCAAUCUCAAUCGCAUUGCGCGCACGUUGGAGCAGCUAGCCCUCAGGCUGGUGGAGCAAGCGCCAGUGGAAGCUUUGACACUCUUGGUGCGGGCCUUGUCCUUGCUGGAGAAGGCGCUCAAAGUCUCCCUGGAUGACGAUCAGAUGGGAGAACCACUGCGCCGUGACUUCACGCGAACCUUCGCCACGGCCGAGAAGGUGGAACGACAGCUUCAAGCAGCGCAAAGCAUGGAGCAGUAUGCCAUUGCGCAGCCCAACCGCGCAAUCUUCGAGUCUGCGGUGCAGCAUGCGAAGGAUGCGGCAGUUGUGCUUUCCAAAGGGCAGGAGGCUGGCGGCUGGGAGGCCCCCUGCCAUGAGAAGCUGACCUUGGCCUUGCUUCUCCUGGAGCUCCUGAGAAGUGAAGCUGAUGGAGAAGACGUUCCAGCCAUCGCCGCAUACACAGACCCAAUUGCACGUUUGGCGGAUGAGAUAGAGAGGCGGCUGAAAGUCCCUGUUCCAGCAGCCCGGCCAGCUUGAAUGAAGGUACUGGCGUCACAGUUGUCAUUGUGAAAUGCUUUUCUUUGAGGAAGUCAGAAAGAUUCAACAUGAUUCAACCAAAAGUUUGCCCAGUAUCGUUGCAGCUGCUUCUGUUGACGAAAAGGCUCCCAACUCCACUGAAAGCCCGCUGUCUCCUCGCAAUCUUCCAAAUCCAGAAUCCUUUGGAGACUUAAUUGCGGCCUGCUCAUCGGCAUCAAGUGGUAUC